AUGGAAGAAGUUCGACAGCUGUGCCUUGCAGAGCCCUGGGCGAACCCGGUGAAACCUGCCAGCCCAAGCAGCGAACCAAGCAGCGAAUUUCAGGAAGGCCUUCGGAGCUUCGGAGCAUUUCGGAGCCGCCUCCAGCAGGGACUAGCGCUGGACAUGCGAGAGGCUGGAACAACUCCGAGCAAGCCGCGAAAUCCCGGGAGGGGUUCGCACAUGCUGCGCUGGCUGGGGAUGAAACUCAUGGAAUCCGCCCUGCCGGAACAGGCUCCCGGGCUAGUUGAUCAGUCAAGGGGGUGGGCUUCAGUGAAACAUGUGAAACUAUGUCAUUGUUGUCAUUGUUUCUGA